UUUUGCCCUUCUUCUUAGAUUAAUAAUCAUAUCACACCUCUAUAAAUGUAACUUCUCUUCCCUCCCUGCAAAAAGCUUUCGUUCUUCCCCACAGACCAUUUCAUGAACAAGGAGUUCGUUUCCAGUUGACAUAAUGGAGCAGUAUGAAAAAAUUGAAAAGAUUGGUGAAGGAACAUAUGGUGUGGUCUACAAGGCUCUUGACAAAAUGACCAAUAAAACUAUUGCUUUGAAAAAGAUUCCUUUGGAGAAACCAGAUGAGGGAGUGCCUAGCACAGCUAUAAGAGAAAUCUCCCUGUUGAAAGAGAUGAAUCAUGAAAAUAUUGUCAGGUUAUAUGAUGUGGUGCAUACUGAGAAAAGCUUGUAUAUGGUUUUUGAGUAUCUAGACUUAGACUUGAUGAAACACAUGGAAUCUUGUCCUGAGUUCUCAAAGGAUCUUGUAAAAAUGUUCGUUUAUCAAAUACUAAGUGGCCUUGCAUAUUGUCAUUCUCGUCGAAUUCUCCAUAGAGACUUAAAGCCUCAGAACCUGUUGAUAGAUCUCACUAAAAAUGUUGUCAAGCUUGCAGACUUUGGAUUGGCAAGGGCCUUUGCUGUUCCUGUCACCACAUUGACACAUGAGGUGGUGACAUUGUGGUAUAGGGCACCAGAACUUCUUCUUGGAUGUGAGCAGUAUUCUACUCCUCUUGAUGUUUGGGCUGUUGGUUGUAUAUUUGCUGAGAUGGUGACUCGACUUCCUCUCUUUCGUGGAGACUCUGAGAUUGACCAGUUGUUCAAGAUUUUCAAAAUAAUGGGAACUCCAACAGAAUUUACAUGGCCUGGAGUCGCUUCUCUGCCUGACUUUAAGUCCACUUUUCCAAAGUGGCAACCAAAGGACCUUGCAACCAUAGUUCCGAAUCUUGAUAAAUCAGGCCUGGAUCUCCUGCGUAAAAUGCUGUACAUGGACCCCAACAGAAGAAUUUCAGCAAAGGCUGCACUGGAGCAUGAGUACUUCAAAGAUAUAAAGUCCGUACAGGAAACACCGACCCCUUGAAGCUUCUUCAUAUGCAUCGAUGAUUUCUAGCUAAUAACAAUGUUUGCCUUACAAAAACUACUAUUACUCUAAUCAUGCAUAUAUUUUUCUUUUUGAAUAUAACGAUUUAGCAUAUUGUAAACAACUGACUAAUACUUGGAGCAAGUUUAAACCCUUCCACGCA